CAGCCCCUCUCCUCCCUCCUCCAUUGAGUGUGCCAAACAGCAGCUCUGCAUCCUAAAGAAGAUCAUUGAGGGGCUCAUUGCAUUCCCAGCACGUCUCAGGCUUGCUUUUUUUUUUUUUUUUUUUUUUUUUUUUUUUGCCUUUUUUUUUUUUUUUCCUUUUGCCUCAGCUUCAGCAGGAGUAGAGAGAGAGGGAGAGAGAGAGACACAGAGAGGGAGAGACAGAGAGAAACCAGCAAUCUUUAAACUCGAGCCUUUUUUUCCCCCUUCCCCUCUUUUUUUCUUGGUAACGAUGUGCUAAAAUCUCUCCUGGAAAUCGGUAAGUACAACCUUUCUGGAUCCCUUUUGUUUCCGCCUAGGGUCAAAGACACCCCCUCUUCCAAAAAGAAGAUAUAAUAAUCCUCUUUAUUUAUUUUUUUAUUUUUUAUUACAGCCCUUGCAGAAGAGAAAGAACUUAAGUGGCUAAUAUUUUGUAAAGGAGACAGAGAGACUGAUACUGCAAUGUAGCUCUCAUCUCUCUCCCUUCUUCCCAAUUAGAUGCUGGUUUUAAUUGCAGAGGGUAUUUCUCUUUUCAUGCUUUCAACCAUCUCCUCUUUCCCACAGGGGAGGGUUUCAUUUGCAAGUUGAUCCUCAGGAUUUCUGUUCCUCUGGCAUUUCUCUCCCCUAAAUGCAUCUUUCUGCUCUUAAGUUUGCGGAUGGGGGGCAAAAUUUUCUAGUUCUUACACGAGGAAGGCAAAAAGGACCUUUUCUAUUGAAAGAUUCAGACUAAAAGCAACGAUCGCUCCGAAUAAUUCUAAUGGGCAUUUCAGUGAUUCAAGGAAGGCUGCAUCACCGCCGUUAUUAUUACCAUCCUUAGCAUUUCUCUGUGCCCGUACAUUUAAAAUCUCUGGUGAAAGGAAGGGUGAAACCAUAUGUUGAAGGAGCUGCAUCUCAUUAGUACAGUGUUAUUUUCACCUGAUUGGAGAAGAAUGGUGUCUUCAUUCGGAGACGUAUAUAGUAGGAUAGAUAAUUUAUCGGCUGGUAAGUGUCAAGGUAUUUUUUCUUCCACUUUCAGCUUUUUAACCGGGUCUCCUGCUUGGUCCUGGGGGCGCAAAAUACCCUAAUCCGAGGCAGGCUGAGCGUUUCCAUCCUAGGUGCCUCUUCAGCUGUCACUUCCCUUUAGAUCUGCUGAUCGCAUGGGCAUGUGCUUUAGAAAGAUUAAUCAUCUCUAAAUGCUUUAAUCAGCUAAAAUGACUAAUAUGUGGUAUGUAUUUAUCUGAUAAUAUACCAGUUGCAUUAAUUCAUCGGCGCAUUUGAAAGGGGAAGAUUUUUCUUUUACCUCAGGGUUGUUAACCGUUUACCGUUUUAAAGAUGCUGUGGGGAUUUCUGAAGGGAACCGUUCUGCCAGGGACAUCAGCAAACCUUGCACAUUCCUUCGAACUUACGUAUGGCAUAUAUUGAGCCGGGAGGGAGAGAGAUUCAAGGACCGAGAUUCAAUAACUUUGGGAGUUUGCAUGUAUGAAAGAUGUAGUGCGACACUGGAGAAAUCGACCCACUGGUACUUCCCCCUGUAGCCAAUGCGGGCUAUGAUGGCUACAAAGACUAAAAUUGCAAGCGAGUGUGAAAGCCGUGUAGUUCCGAACACCGGUCCUACGGUGGAAAACACGCAAAGACGCAACACGUUCAGAGCUGUGUGCUCGUGUUGCUGUGUGGGGCUGCAUGUGCCGUCCUCUUUAUAGGUGGCAUUUACCAAAGGGGGGGGAGAAGGGCGGCUGAUAUCGCGUGAUUAAACCUUCUACCAUCUCUUAAGUGUAAAUCGGGGCAAGGCUCGCCCACCCGACCCCCCUAGAGUUGGCUGUGGACGUCUGGCCAACAAUUGCUGAACUUUCCAGGAGCCUAACCCGAGUCUAGCAGGUAGGGGUUUAGUAAAAGGAGCGGGGCGGGACAGAAAUACUGAAAUCUGCAUUUUUCUUCCCGUUGCAGUUUUGUAAACACCAACAAACGAUGAAACCUUCCACGGCAGAGACGCUUCAUAAAGGGAGGAUGUUGUGGAUAAUUCUUCUAAGCACAAUUGCUCUAGCAUGGACUACACCAAUUCCCUUGAUAGAGGACUCGGAGGAACUCGAUGAGCCCUGCUUUGAUCCAUGUUACUGUGAAGUGAAGGAGAGCCUUUUCCAUAUACAUUGCGACAACAAGGGAUUUAUAAAUAUUAGUCAGAUAACAGAGUCGUGGUCGAGACCUUUUAAACUUUACCUGCAGAGGAAUUCCAUGAGGAAAUUGUACACCAACAGUUUUCUUCACUUGAACAAUGCUGUGUCUAUUAACCUUGGGAACAAUGCCCUGCAGGACAUUCAGACGGGGGCUUUUAACGGGCUCCGAGUUCUGAAGAGGUUGUAUUUGCACGAAAACAAAUUGGACAUUUUCAGAAACGACACUUUCCUGGGUUUGGAAAGUCUGGAAUAUCUGCAGGCAGAUUACAAUGUCAUUAAACGGAUUGAAAGCGGGGCGUUUCGAAACCUGAGUAAAUUGAGGGUCCUUAUCCUAAAUGACAAUCUUAUCCCCAUGCUUCCCACCAACUUAUUUAAGUCCGUGUCCUUAACCCACUUGGACUUGCGCGGGAACCGGCUCAAAGUCCUUUCGUACCGCGGGAUGUUGGACCACAUUGGCAGGAGCCUGAUGGAGAUCCAGCUGGAGGAGAACCCGUGGAACUGCACGUGCGAGAUCGUGCAGCUGAAGAGCUGGCUGGAGCGCAUCCCCUACACCGCCCUGGUGGGGGACAUCACCUGCGAGACCCCCUUCCACUUCCACGGGAAGGACCUGCGGGAGAUCAAGAGAAGCAAGCUCUGCCCCAUGCUGUCCGACUCGGAGGUGGAAGCCAGCCUGGGCAUCCCUCAGCUGUCGUCCAGCAAGGAGAACGCGUGGCCUACGAAGCCUUCCUCCAUGCUGUCCUCCUUCCAUUUCACCGCUUCCUCUGUUGAGUACAAAACGUCCAACAAGCAGCCCAAGCCCACCAAGCAGCCCAGGGCGCCCCGGCCUCCCCCGACGUCCCGCGGCCUGUACCCCGGGCCCAACCAGCCGCCCGUGGCCGCCUACCAGACCCGGCCCCCCAUCCCCAUCAUCUGCCCCACCGGCUGCUCUUGCAGUUUGCACAUCAACGACCUGGGCCUGACGGUCAACUGCAAGGAGCGAGGGUUUCACAACAUCUCCGAGCUCCUGCCCAGGCCCUUGAACGCCAAGAAGCUGUACCUGAGCGGGAAUUUGAUCCAGAAAAUCUACCGCUCCGAUUUCUGGAAUUUUUCCUCCUUGGAUCUCUUACACCUGGGCAACAACCGGAUCUCCUACGUGCAGGACGGGGCUUUCAUCAACCUGCCCAAUCUCAAGAGCCUCUACCUGAACGGCAACGACAUCGAGCGGCUCACCCCGGGCAUGUUCCGGGGCCUGCAGAGUCUGCACUACCUGUACUUCGAGUACAACCUCAUCAGGGAAAUCCAGCCGGCGGCCUUCAGCCUCAUGCCCAACCUGAAGCUCCUCUUCCUCAACGACAACUUGCUCCGCACCCUGCCCACCGACGCCUUCGCCGGCACCUCCCUGGCCCGCCUCAACCUCCGCAACAACCACUUCUUGGCUCUGCCGGUGGCCGGGGUGCUGGAGCACCUCCACGCCAUCGUCCAGAUCGACCUGAAGCUCAACCCUUGGGACUGCACCUGCGACCUGGUGCCUCUGAAGCAGUGGCUGGAGGCCCUCAGCUCCGUCAGCGUGGUGGGCGAGGUGCUCUGCGCCAGCCCCGACCGCUUGGCCCGCCGCGACCUCCGCUCCCUGGAGCUGGCCGCCCUCUGCCCCGCCGCCCUCCGCCCCGCCGCCGCCGCCGCCGCUUCUCCCCCCGCCGCCGCCGCCCCGCCGCCUCCUCCUCCUCCUCCUCCUCCUCCUCCUCCCGCCGCCACCGGCGCCGCCGCCUACGAGCUCCCGCCGCCCGCCGCCGUCCCCCUCUCCGUCCUCAUCCUCAGCCUCCUCGUCCUCUUUUUCUCCGCCGUUUUGCUCGCCGCCGGCCUCUUCGCUUUCGUCCUGCGCCGGCGCCGCCGAAAGCUGCCUUUCCGCGCUCCGCGGGGGGAACCGGCCGACCUGGGCGGCCUGCCGCUCCGCUGCCCGCGGCUCUUCGAGGAGGGAGGCGGCGGCGGCGGCGGCGGCGGAGGCGGCGGCGGCGGCGGGGGGGGGGAGCGCUCCCCGGAGAAGGCGCCCCCGGCGGGCCACGUCUACGACUACAUCCCGCACCCGGUGACCCAGAUGUGCAACAACCCCAUCUACAAGCCGCGGGAGGAGGAGGAGGAGGAGGAGGAGGCGGCGGCGGGCGGCGGCGGCGGCGGCGGCGGCGGCGGGGAGGCGGCGGAGCUGCUGCGGGGCGGCGGCGAGCGCUUCGGUCACCGCGGCGUCGCGCAGGAGCCGGGCACCAACUACCGCACUUUGCUGGAGAAGGAGCAGGAGUGGAGCCUGGCCGUGUCCAGCUCGCAGCUCAACACCAUCGUGGCCGUCCAUCCCCAGCACCCCGCGGGCGGAGGGCUGGCGGCGGGCGGAGGCGGCGGGGGGCUCGGGGGAACGGCGGCGGCGGCGGCGGCGGGGGGAGGAGGCCCCCCGCGGGACCGCGACCGCCCGCCGCCCUGCGCCGUGGGCUUCGUGGACUGCCUGUACGGCACGGUGCCCAAGCUGAAGGAACUGCACGUCCACCCCCCUGGCAUGCAAUACCCGGACCUCCAGCAGGACGCCAGGCUCAAAGAAACCCUGCUCUUCGCGGCCGGCAAGGGCUUCUCAGACCACCAAACCCCCACAAGCGAAUACCUCGAGUUAAGGGCCAAACUCCAAACCAAGCCGGAUUACCUCGAAGUCCUGGAGAAGACCACGUACCGGUUCUGACCGCCGCCCCGCCGCCCGCCCCGGCACCGCCGCAUGCGAGUAGAGGAUACAGCUGUGUGCUCUCCCCCGCCAGAUGUGCGCGCUGCGGGGAAGGGCCGUUCUCAGAUCAU